UAUAAUUUUUACGCGAUUUUUAUAUUUUCAAUUUUUUCUUAUUUUUGUAUACUCGAACAUAUUUAUAAAGAAUUGUGUUAUCUGUUUUUAUUGCACAUUCCUUCGGUAUAAAUUAUUAAAAAAAAAAAAUUUUAACUAAUGUCAGUAAAAACGUGACUUUGAUAUUUUACUGUGCGAAAUACUUUUUUUAUUACAUUUAAUAUAUGGGAAAAAAAUAAUAGCAGAGAUACGUGUUUUUUGAAUUUUAACUGCUUUACAUAUAAAGAUACACGAAGAGUAGGUGGCGUCGCAUAUGUAUAUUGAUUGUGUGCGUGGGGUGGCCGGCAAAAGCGAGGUAAAAGGCCGACAAAUGCCAGGAUAGUAACGGUUUUUUCAUGUUCGUCAAAAAUUUACCUGGCUUGAAAAAAACGUUCAGCAUGAAAAGGAGAUGAUGCCAACUACCUCCUAUCCAUCGGGGACUUCCAACGAUGGGUCCGAGUGGGACACGUUGAUGGAAGUUCAUCACGAACCCAUAGAAAAGAAUUAUGAAUUGCUUGAGGAAAUCGGCAAAGGUCAAUUUGCAGUGGUUCGAAAAUGUGUAGAAAUAAAAAGCGGGGCCGUUUACGCGGCAAAAAUAAUGAGAAAAAGAAGAGUGGCUCGUGGAGUAGCAACAGCUGACAUUGCAAGAGAAGCUGGACUAUUGGCUAGAUUAAGGCAUCCUAAUAUAGUUUCGUUGCACAAAGUUAUAGACACUGGUAAAACGGUAGUAUUGCUUUUGGAAUUGAUUUCUGGAGGCGAACUAUUUCAUUGGUCACCACCUAAUGAAUCUGAAGCAGCUCAUGUGGUUCGCCAAGUGUUAAUGGCGUUAAGUCAUUUGCACUCGCAUCAAGUGGCUCAUCUUGAUAUUAAACCAGAGAAUAUUCUUCUAUUUACACCUCCACCCAUGCCUAAUAUAAAAUUAAUAGAUUUAGGUUUGUCGCUUCGAUUGACACCUGGAUCACAGCAUCGUGCACUUUUUGGAACACCUGAAUUCGUAGCACCGGAAAUUGUCAACUACGAACCAUUGUGUUUAGGAACAGAUUUAUGGGCUGUUGGUGUAUUAACGUAUAUUCUUCUAACUGGCGCCUCUCCUUUUUUGGGCGAUGACAAACAGGAGACAUAUUCAAAUGUAGCAGCGUGUAAUUAUCAAUUUGAUGAAAAUUUCUUCUGCAAAGUGUCCGAAGUCGCCAAGGAUUUUAUUCGUUCGUUAUUAAUUAAAAAUCCAAAAGAACGAGGGAGUGCGGAGUUGUGUUUAACGCAUCCUUGGAUUCUCACGGAAACGAAAGCUUCUCAAGGUCUCAGUGGAGCAAUGAUCAGUACUGUUAAGAGAGGAUGUGUUGAAGCGGUUUCGCAACUUCUUCAGCAAGGCGCCCCAUUGGAUGUUAAAGACUCGAAAGAUGAGACACUUCUGCAUAUUGCCUGUGAAUGUGGUGAUGAGGGAAUGACUGCACUUCUUAUCGAUAGUGGAAUAGAAUUGGAUGUAGCCAAUAAACAGGGACUGACUCCGUUGCAUAUUGCUGCUAGAAAUGGUUACAUCGACCUUGUAAGACUGCUCUGCAUUGCUGGUUGCGAUGUUAAUAAAACAAAUCACGGUAUUCGAGCGGAUAUAACUGCUAUUAAACAUGGCCACACAGAGAUUGCGAAUUUAUUAGAUAAAUUAAGAAACCUAGCUCAACGCGAGAUGUAUAUAAAGCAAUUAAAACCUACUCAUAGGCCAAUAGAUCGUCUUCAUAUUAGAUUUUUAGGUCAUUGUGCAUCUGGUAAAACAUCGUUAAUCAAUUCUUUGAGAUCUGGAAUUUUUAGUUUUGGAUUUUUCCGCAGAUCGAAAAGUCAAAAUUAUAAUUGUAAGAGAGAUCCAAGCAUCGAAUUGGACGUGACGAGUAAACACGGUUCUUUGAGUUUCGAACACAGCGACAACGAGUACGAAAGCACUUUAGGUGUUGAAUGUAGCAAGGGAAAUGUCGGUGGCGAUUGUAUUUUCUGGGAACUUUGUGGACGUGAAGAAUUUCUCGUGUCUUAUCAUCAAGUUCUAACUUUCAAUCAGCCAGCGGUGCAUCUUAUAACGAUAAGUCUCCGUGAGCCUUUGACCGUUCAAGUACAACAAGCUAGAUUUUGGCUUCGUUUCAUCAUGGAUCGUAUUCCACCGAAAAAUAUUGGAUUUGCAGGAAAAUGUGGAGAAGUUAAAGUUAUUUUAAUUGGAACAUAUGCGCCAGAGGCGUUAACGUCAAAUUCAAAUGGAGUCAAUCUUCUUGGACCAUUGUUGCCUUGCUUAAAAGAAUUUACGCCAAUUUUAGGAGAAGAACCAUUAAUGGUUGUUUUAGAUGCAACAAAUCCAUCAAGUCCUGGCUUAAAAAUUCUUAGAACUUAUUUACAUAAUGCGAGAACUGAAUUUUUUGAGGAUGGACCGGACGUUGCAGAAAGUUUUCUUCAUCAUGACACACUGCGCGCAGCGGCCAAGUACGUGCCUCUGGCGAAUCUUGACAAACAGGGUGCAAUGGUGUGGACAGGUCUUGCUGAAGCAUGGAGGACUCAUGUACAAUCACUUGAGGAACCGCCAAUAAUGUAUAAUUUGUCAGAAUUUUUAACGGAUGUUCGAAAAGUUAAUCCCCUCGUUUCUUUGGAGCAUUGCAAACAUUUGGCACAACAAUUACAAGCUUUAGGUGAAUGCUCAUUACUACCGGGCGAUUUACUUGUUCUUAAUCCCGAAUGGCUUUGGCGUGAUGUUAUUGGAUGGCAAUUGAAUCCUGAUCAACGUGGUCGACUCGGUGGACGAACAACUGGAGUUUAUGCAAUUGAAGAUUUUCAAGCAAGAUGUCCUUGUCCCGCUAAUCAAGCUCUCAAUAUUUUGCAAGCCAUUAAUCUUUGCAUUUCUUGUGAAGUCGAAGACAAUGAAUUGGAAUACGAACUUCCAUGCUUAAAUCUCAUUGAGAGGUUACCAGGUUUAUGGGAACCUUGGAAAUCUUGCUCGGCACUCCUACCGCACGCUGGACUUCGUCUUUGUCCAGGAGAAGCUCGACUUUAUCAUCUUUCACCUAUUUUUCCACAUUUACAGGUCCAGUUAAGAAAAAUAGCACAGUCAUUGGAUCCAAAUGAAUCGGAUUUAUAUCAAUGGUGGCGAGGUUCGAAAAUGUGCAUUGGACCGUGUGAGAGUAUGAUCACCUUAGAGGAAGAGGAUCAAGGAUAUAUUGAGGUUCGAGUAAGAGGACCAAGAGGUUCAGGAGCCAAAUGUUUUUCUCUUAUCAAUAUAAUAAUUGACGCUAUUGAAUCAUCACUCGAAACUGUUGCGCCAGGAAUGAUUCUCGAGAGACACUGGCUCAGUCCUAGUCAAUUACGUGAUUACGAUGAGGUUAUUCACUCUUGGGAACCGGCUUCAAUUCUGUCGUCAUUAAUGGAACGAAGUUUUGUGGAGGUUUGUUUGAAAAAUCCGUUUAAUGGUAAACAGGAAAAUAUCUGGGAUAUUAUUGGCUGUGGAUUAGUUUUAUCGGAUAAUUGCAUUCCGGGACCGAGACAAAUAGUGAAAAGCAUUAAACCGGGAGUUCAAAGGCGAUUGGCUCAAUUACUUGAUCCACCGGAUCCACAGGGACGAGACUGGUGCUUAUUAGCCGUCAGACUUGGAUUGGGAGAUCGAGUUGCACAAUUUGACAGUACAAUCAAUAGUCCAACUCUCAGGCUUCUCGGUUCAGCGGGAGCUGAUUGUACAGUGGGAUCUCUAGUUCGUGAGCUUCGCGCUCUCGGCAGAGAAGACGCGGCUCAUCUUUUAUUGUCUUAUACACCAACAUACGUCCAGUUAACUUCGCAGGGCUCCGAGACUGGUUCUGAUCUUUCGAGAUGACCAUCUUGCCCACGUCGAUAACAAAAAGCAAUUUCUAUAUUUACAAUAAGCGAAAAUUAUACUCGAAAUAAUCUCAACAACAACAACUUAAACAAUUCUCCAUUUUUUCGUAUGUAAAAAAUUAAUAUUUGCAAACAAAAUCUUCAUCAAUCAUAUUUAUAUAUAAAAAUAUUAUGGGGGCAUUUUUUUACAUCAAGUUUCGUACUUUUUAAAUAUUGUCUUAAUAACAAAUUAUUCGUAUCUCUUUUUGCGUAAAUGACGUCAUUUUAGCCGUCAAUAUUGGAGAACGACCACUUUAACGAUACCAAAGUUGCCAUGUAUUUUUUUUUCAAAAAAAAUGGCAAUUACGAAUUAAAAAGGUGCUGCAGUUUUUGAAAUCGUUAUACGCUUUCAUGACAUUCUCGACUUUUUACAAUUAUUAGAAUUAUUAUUAUUUAAUUAAUAUUAAUGAUAAUUAUGUAAAUAUAAGUAUAUUUUUAAUUAUAUUUGUCAUUAUAGGGUCAGUUGGGGUAAAUGGGGACAAAAUCGCUAUUUUUCACAAAUUAUGUAAGUUUUUUCCUCUAAAGGGAAAUAUUUGCGGGUUUAUUUUUUUUAAGUUGUUAUUUAUAUUCCCAGGAUUAAUUUCAUGCAGCAAAAAAAAAUUUAGAAAAACUUUAAAUGCCUGGAAUUGACUGUCCCCAUUUACCCCAAAAUUUAGAAAAUUUCACAAAAUUUGGGGUAAAUGUGGACAGAAUAGUUUCUAAGAAAUUUUUAAGAAAAAAGUUUCCUUAAGUAUAUUACUGUAUUAAGGGACGAAAAAAAUUGAAAAAAAUUAUAGUAGACAUAUAAUAAUUGAACCAAUUGAAAUUUUUUUAUUUUUUUUUAUUUUCGUAUUUUGUCUCGCAUUUAAAAGAAAACAGAUUUAAAAAUCAUACCAAAUUUUUUUUCUUAUUCCUUAUGACUCACAUAACAUAAAUUCAGUUGAAUUUUUGAUUUUUAUCACUUUGGUUUGUUAUCAAUCUAGGCUAAGGACUGGCAGCAGUAUUCACAACGAACAAUAUUUGGGAGUGAAUAUUGUGGCGUGUUUAAAAAUGUGAGUUGGCAUUAACUUAAAAAUCGCAGAUGGAGAGAAAAGUAAGCCUUUUCAUUUGUUAAAUAAAUAAAUAAAUUAACAACAAUAAACAAUGACAAUAAAACUCUUAUCUAGUAAUAGGUAAAAAAUUUCUUUGAUGCUUCUUUAAUGAAUUGUAAUCUCGUUAUGAAAUUACUAUAAAAAAGUAACAUUUUAUUUAACAAAAAAUUUUCUUUUUUAACGCUCUUGUUGGAUUUUUUACCUUUACUUUAUUAUUUCUACGUAAACUUCGCAUUGUAUGCCCUUUAAAGCUGCAAUAAAAUGAAAAAUAUUUGGAUUUGCCUUGUAAAAUAAGGCAUUAAACUUAGAAUGGAAGCAUUCACAGUUAUUGGUGGUUCGUGUAAUGCUAUUCGAAAAUUCAGCCCAAACAUUUAGAGGAAAAUCAGAAUUUAGAUCUACAUACCACUGUAAAAAAUAGUCACAAAAUUCGGUAACUCUCUCGUCACGUGGCAUUAUAGUCAUAAGAUCUUCUACAAAACAAUUUUCAUCAUCUUCCGGAGCUAAAAAUGGAAGUCCAAAAAAUAAUUUUAAAAAACUUCCAAUUAUUGAGUUUUCUCUUUUAUACUCCGGCACUAAAUUCAAAUUCUGAAUUUUCUUCCAUAAGUUUUGACUGAAGUGAAAGCGACAGCCUUUAAUUAUAAUAUUUGGGAAAACAUCUCGAAUUGUGUUGGCCAACUAUAAAAUGUCUCGGCUACAAAAACUAUAUCUAAAUCGCACAGAAAAGUUAAAUUUUUUGUUGUCGAAAAUAAAAUUAUAUUAUUAAUUUGAUCGUUACAUAAAAGACAGUUUUCGUCGUUAUUUGUUUUGACAUCAAUGUCAUUCAAACUUUCAUAUAACGAAUCGAUACAAUCUGGCAAUGUCGGAAUUAAUUUUCUUCUUG